UUAACGACCCUCCCUUGCCGGCACAGAUGGUAUAUUCCAAUGUCCUCUGUCUAGUGAGUGGAUAGCAGAAGGCCGUACGUAGCUUUCUGUAAACAAAAGCAAGCAUGGUCAACUUUGCUGCAUUCGCCCGUGAGCACUGGAUGAACUUACUGGUGCCCAUGGGUUUCGUGAUUGGAUGGUACCUCGACAAACAACAGGACCAGAAACUGACCGCUUUCAGGAACAAAAGUGUUUUAUACAGCAGGGAGCUGAAGCCUGGUGAGGAGGUGACUUGGAAGUAGACUUCUUAAUCCCGAGUGUGUGUCCACUAUGUCUGCGGUGUGAAUGGCUGAUGGGUGGCCCUCAAAUAAGAAUAUUUAAGAAGACUCGUGCGUCUUUAUUUUUUAGUUGUAUCAACCAACAAUAAAUGUUCUUUCCC